UUUUCAUGCGCUUAGUUUCGCGCCGGGUGCCACGACAGUCGCAUCGAGUUGAGUUCGCGCGCGCGUGCGUGCGUUUUUUGGGGGAAAAAAAAGGAGAGGAAACCUGCGAGAAAGACUCUACAGCCGCACCUUAUCUGCUCGAUAAGACGAACCGCGACGAGAAGACGAGGGACGGAGGAUGGACUAGGGGCGAAUUUUGUGACGGAAGAAGGCAGAGUGCGACGAGAGUUCGCGCGCCAAAGUUCUACCUCGCAACGUGACGGGAACGGUCGUCGGGCUCCUCGUAUAUCGGGAUCUUCGUUCUCCCGAGAGACGUCCGCGGGCAGACGGAGAAACGGAAAGAGAGGAAAAGCAGACGGAAGGUCGAUCGAUCAUCCGAUCAAUCUGCUUGUGCGCCUGCCCCCUCUCCCUCCACCCACCCACUUCACUCACUCGCUCAUCCGCCCGACGAGCAGAACUCCACGAACGCUACAAUGUGCUGUGUGUGUGAUGUACGGUGCAGUGUGUUGGUGCUAACUUAGUGAUAACGAUAUCCCCUCCCCCGCCGCGUCUAUCAUCCGCGGAACCUACAACAAAACUAGUCGUCCUGUUAUCUCGUCCGGGGAUUGCCGCCGGGAGAUAAGGACGGAGGCCAGGAAGAGGUUUCUUUCGCUCAGCAAAUCAGACAAAGAUUACCUAUGAUCCCACUGAGCGUCGCGAGGACGACGGAAAAGGAAGAGAGGCGUUUUUGGCAGUACUCCUAAUCUUCUUCUCCGACCUGCCGCCCGUUCUCUCUCUCUCUACAUUCCGCUUCUCCGUCCCUCUCUCUCCUCCCUCUUCUCACGACUCCUCCUCCCGCCGUUACUUCACCUGCUCGUUCUUCGACAAGCGAUCGCGACGCACCGAGAUCUCGUUGGACACGAUGGACAUGAGCAGCGAGUCAAGCGCUAGGACGUGGUACGAGACGCCUAGGUCGUUGGAGCCGCCUUCGGGGGGCGCCGGCGUGACUGGAGUGGUCGGCAACGAUUACAGGGGUUACUACCCUCAUGCCGGACCGACGGCGCAUCACCCCGCAGCUGCGGCACACUACGCCCACACAAGGAUGUCGAGCAGCGGCGUGUCGAGCGGUCCAGUGAGCCAGGUAUGCCGGCCGCACUUCCACAGCUCGGUUCUCCACCCGUGGCUGUCCGGCAGCAGCGCGGACACUUCGAAGACACCUUGGGGAUUCCCGACGACGGCAACUACGGGCGGCUCGGUGAACGACGAGAAGCCGCAGAGUCCUCUGGGAUCCUCGCUGCCGCCCACCAGUGGAAGUUUGUCGAGUCACGGUGGCGGCGGCCACCAUCUCUUCUCCUUCCCGCCGACACCGCCCAAGGACGCUACGCCCGACAGCAUAACCGCCAGCACGACAUCCAGCACGAACAAUAACAACUCCACGAGCGCCAAUAAUAAUAAUAGCGGUAAUCCUCUUUCCGGGUUGGGCGGCGGUACCACCAGCGAGUACCAAGCGGCGGUCGCUCACGCGGCGGUAAUGGGCGCGUUCAUGCACCAUCAGGACGCGCUGGGCGCAUCGGGCGCCAGCUCGUGCGACAUCAAGCCGACGGUGAUGCUCGGCCACCAUCAUGGAGCGCCCUCGCCGCCGCAUCAGCAACACAACGGUUCCAACAACGGCAGCAAUGGUCCCGCCGGCACGAACGGCUCGUCCGCCGGCCAGGUGAAGCAGCGAGAAGUACCCGGCGGCGCCGACUCGAAGCUCCUAGUCGGUCACGCGGCCGCGCACGGAAACACACCGGGCUCGCCCUCCGCGCAGCAACAGCAGCAGCAAAAGCCGAGGAACAAGUCGAGGACGUCCGCCGAGGGUCGCGAGUGCGUGAAUUGCGGCGCCACAUCGACACCCCUUUGGAGACGAGACGGCACUGGCCACUACCUCUGCAACGCCUGCGGGCUUUAUUACAAGAUGAACGGACAGAAUCGACCUCUCAUCAAGCCGAAACGACGCCUGGUAAGUACCUAA